AUGAGUAACUGUUUAAACCCUUCUCCAGAAGGUGGGGCAAUGUGCCCGCGUCCAACAGCGCAGUUUCUACAGGCAACUCCUUUUUUCCUGAGUUUAUGCUCCAUAAGCCAGGGAGCAGCAAAAGCCAGCUGCUUUCCAGGGAACAUGGAGCGAAGAGCGAGAACGCAGCCAGCAGGGCAGGGGCUUUACCAGCCCCAUCCCACACUACGUAAGUUAUGUAGAGAAUCACUCCAAAUUUGGCAACCUAGUAAUCACAGUGACUUCAGCUGCCCCAUCUGUCUCCAGACAGCUACUCUCCCAGUAGAAACCAACUGUGGACAUUUAUUCUGUGGUUCCUGUCUGAUCACAUACUGGAAACAUAGUCCCUGGUUAGCAGCAAUAACCUGCCCUCUCUGCAGACAAAAGGUGGUUCUUCCGGAUAACGUCUCUUGUGAAAAGCAACAAGAUAAGCCAAGUAAACAAAUUGUACAUGACAUUAGAGAUUACAACAAGCGUUUCUCAGGGCAACCUCGACCCUUUGCAGAUUACCUUUAUGACAUGCCGCUAUUCCUGACUCUUACCUUGCGAGGAAUCUUCACCUGGGGUGGUCUCGUAUGGAUUUUUUUCCUAAGAGUUGCUGUUUGCUCCUUUGGAACGAUCAUAUGCUUGUCUUCUCCAUUUGACACGAAGCCUGGGCCUCUCUGUAGGACGCUUGGAACAGCUGAUGACAUGGUGGUUGUUUCCCUUCUUUUAAUUUGCAUGAUAAACAUUUGUCAGCAAAUUGCAUCUAAUGGGGUAAAUAUGGCAAGGUCUGCAGCUCAGAGCAUGCUGUCAGAGUCCUGACUGACUCAA